AGUAGUGUAACAGAAUGGGUAUAGGUUUCUUAUAAAUGUUAGUGAUUUCAUUUUAGGUAUAGGAAUUUCUUAGGAUAAAUAAAAAGUGUUAAACGUUAUUAAAUGUCCAAUUAACAUAACCUAAUGGUGGGGACCCACUUAUUUGUGCAUUUACAGUUAUUCGUGUAACACGUAUUUUGUGCAUAGAGUUCAAGCAUUGAAUUAGGCCACAUAGCGAUCUCUCCCUAAAAUACCGCUGUUCUGGCUGUCGACGUAUCAAGACAGGCUAUCAAUUAUACGAGGCGGGAGAGUAAUGAUCAGAUAGAUCGCGACCUAAUGUGAUGUCAUCAAAAGGGGAAACAGAGGCCGAUUCUGGCACCGUGUCGCCGAAUUUGUCAGCUGUUAAAAAUGAACCGGCACCUACAGUCAGCAAAGAAACUCCAAAAAGGGGUAGUGGUACACUGUUAAAGUGUACUACAUGCAACAGCUUUAGCACAUUAAGCAGUCGUGCCCUAACGACACACAUGGCACAGUGUUCACCUGAUAACAAUAAUGUUGCAGCCACACAAAAUGCAGAUGCUAGACCGCACAGGAAAUUAUUUGAGUGUGAUGUGUGCAAUAUGAAAUUUUCAAAUGGCGCGAAUAUGCGUCGACAUAAAAUGCGGCAUACGGGGGUCAAACCUUAUGAAUGUCGUGUUUGUCAAAAAAGAUUUUUCAGAAAAGAUCACUUAGCAGAACACUUCACAACUCACACAAAAAGCUUGCCGUAUCAUUGCCCUAUCUGUAACCGAGGAUUCCAGCGACAAAUUGCCAUGCGCGCACAUUUUCAAAAUGAACAUGUUGGACAGCAUGAUCUUGUUAAGACUUGCCCACUUUGUAGUUACCGUGCGCCGACUAUGAAGAGUCUCAGGGUCCACUUUUUCAAUAGACACGGAAUCGACUUGGAUAAUCCGGGUCCUGGCAAUAACUCUGUAUCCCUUCUCGCUGCUGGCAUUGCCAAUGCUGCUUAUGCAGAUGGCACGAUGGACCCAAGUGCAAUUUCUGCAUUAAGUGCACUAGGUUCAGGUCUAUCUGUAUCAAUGGCCGCCGCAUAUUCAGAUAGCGGUGACAGUAAUGGAGCCCGCUCAGUGGACAAUGCUACACCUCCCAUGCACUACUUAACACCACAUGUCGAAAUAUCUAUGGCUGACAAUAAUGAGACCUUUUCCCCAGGCCAGACCAAUAAUCAAGAAUCACGAAUGAAUGGAGAGGGUCCCAGCUCACCGCAAUCAGGCGACAGUGCCGUAGCCAGUAGUUCACUUUCUGCUGGCCUUCCCACCAAUAUCACACCUUCCAUAACGCUCAUACCCAUUAAACAGGAGCCGAGCGCGGCGGAGGAGAGCGGCGCGGGCGAGGGCGAGGCCGGCGGCGGCGACAAGCGCGACGUGUCGUCGAGCCUGUCGUCGAGCCUGUCGUCGCUCAUCAAGGUGUCGCCGCUGAAGAGCCUGCUGCGCGAGGACCUGCGGCGCCGCAUCUCGGCGCGCGGGCGCCGCGCCGCGUCCGCGCGCGCCGCGCCCGCCGACGCGCUCGCCAUCUCGUCGUCCGAGCCCGCCUCGCUCGUGUGCGCCUUCUGCGCCAUCACGUUCCCCGACUCCACGCUCUACUUCCUGCACAAGGGCUGCCACUGCGACUCCAACCCCUGGAAGUGCAACAUCUGCGGCGAGCAGUGCUGCAACGUGUACGAGUUCAACUCCCACCUGCUCAGCAAGAGUCACCAAUGACUGUUCGCGGGGGGGACGCUGCGGCGCUGACGGCGCGGGCGCGGCCGCUCCGGAGGCGUCGGCUCCCCCCGCAGCCGAUUGACUUAGAGUGCAAAUUAUUUUGAAGGUUAUUUAGUGGUAGUCGUCUGGGUGUUUUAGUCUUAGGGGCGCGACGAAGAGUCCGUCGUCCGGAAGUUGACAUUCCAAAUCGUAUCGAUGCAUUCCAUUUUAUAUUGAGAUUGACUCUGAGAGGAGACCGGACGGGAGGUCGGGUGGGCGAUCGAGUGAUACUUAAGAAAUAUUAUUGUCUUUAAAAGAUUUUAUUUAUUAUUUAAUUUUUCUGUACUUAAACGUACAUGGGUGUUAUUCGAAACGAUAUAGAAUAUUUUUUGGUGCGAUAGUGAAUUUUACAAAUUUUUUAUUGAAACAUGUGAAGAGUGUACAAAUUAAUAUAUUUUUACAUUUCGCUCUCGAGGAGAAUGUUUAUAAGGGGCAUAGCCUCGCGGUUCCCUGGUCGUUUGAUGAUUGUGACGAACAGACCGGAAUUUUAAAUUCUACAUUCCGUUAUUAAUUUAUAAUGUCUACUUUAUGCAUGUAAUGCAAGUCCACGACUAAUACUUAAUGUACAAGUUUUGUUUUGUUGUUAUUAUUUAUUUCCUAAAUUAUAAAGAUGUAGGGUUACAUCGUGUACGUACUUAAAGUGGUUUAUUUAGCAGUUAGGUUAUACCCGUAACGAAACGAAACGAGCAGCCAUUAUAAGAAGAACGCACUUGCUCAACGAAUUGACAAAGGCUCAACAAGCGGAAAGCUCGAACAGAGGCGUCGUUCUCGCACAAAAUAUUCCGCCCGAAGCGCGACGCGGGGCUCGUCCGCUGCUAUGGCGUCUUAUGAUUGCUUUUCGAAAUUCCUCGUCGGUAAGACAUAUAUGAGAUUGUCUGGAGAUAACUGUAUCGAUGUAAUGGAUUAUAUUUUUCUGUGUAGUAUUUAUUAUAUUUUCAUAUCGUAAGCUAGGCGAAACGUGCUCAAUGUUGGUGAACUAUUUUAACAUAUGUAUCAUACGAAUCGACUCCGACUGGGUUACUGGUUACUGGUUACUGGUUACUAACGAAAGUAUUCUAUUGGAUUUUUUUUUUUAAAUAUAAAACUCGUUGACAUAUUUUACUUUAACGCAGUACUUAAAGUGUUAUUUUAAUCGAUUCGUUUACUUUAUACUCUACGUAUAUAACUCGACCUGAGAUUUACAUUCCUGUAGCUAAUAAGUACUUAAUAUCGGUUGUGGUCUUGCCUGUUAAGUUUACGAAAUCGACUUGGGUGGAACUGAAAUGAUGUUUACCAACGAAGUUAUGUAUAAUUAAUGUUUUGUGUAGGGUCGGUCCGUCCGAGGUCGCGGGGCCUAGAGAGUUACCUGAACGAGCAACACAUAUUUAUUAAUAGAUAUUCUUAUAUUAUACUACAUUGUUGUUUUUAUUUUUUAUUAUUUUUGUUUAGACUUGGAUAAUUAUUUGGUCCCAACCGCCGCGCCGAGAGUUGGCGUUAAGUUUAGAUUUUUACUUAAUAAGAGCUAUUAAUAUUAUUAAUCGGUAACCCCAUUGGGCGCCUUUAAUUAAUCCGUCCAUAUCUAACGAUAGAUAUUGCCUUUAAUAUUUAAUAGAGAUAAUAUAUUUAUAGAUUUUAGUAUAAACAGUUAAGGAGAGAUCUUAAUUAUAAAAAAAUGUUUCAGAAUAACAGAGGUUUACAGAGUAGUUAAAUUUAUUGUCUUAUGUAUGUUUAAAGAUCGAUGUUACAUUAAUAACGAGCGAAGCGGGAGUCUUAUUAAUUACCAUUGAUUUAUUGUUGCAAUUGAAUGUUCUAUUUUUGUGUGGUAUUAGAUAAUAUAUAUUUCGAAGACGAUUGUAAUUGUUUUGAAGCAAUUUAUGCAAGAAAACGUCAAUUGUGUAGUUAAUCCUUAGCAGUAUUUCAAGAUACGGUCAUCAAAGUCUUGACGUGAUAUUGAUUACGAGAAUAUUCAUAGAAAUGUAUUCGAUGUAAUGAAGCUUAGGUUACAGUCGAGUGCGACGUUGAUGUCAUCGAUGUGCGAGUAGACCGCGACAGCGACAGCACUGGCACGCCAUUCGUACACACAGUCUAUUCGAUGUUAAAUUAUUAUUAGUUAAUGAAUUAUAUUAUGUUGAGUGCCAAUAGCAUAUUGAUCACACAUCUGUAACCUUCGAGUGUAGUGUAAGUGUAACUACACAUUGCCAGCGACGUUCGUGUAUUAUACUUAACAGAAGUGCUAUAGUUUAGCAUCCUCACCUUAAUACCAAAACACAGCUUACCAACAUUUUAUUUCGUUUUAAGUUGUUAAGUGUCUAAUGUAUAGUGUAAGUAUGUUGUUUUAAAAUCGAUAAUUUUGUAACGGUAGGCAAGUUGAGAUCAUAGUUGAUAUUGCUGUUAAAUUUAUUAUGUUAUCAUUAUUAUUAGUAAUAAUAACAUAUUUUUACUAAUAUUUAAUAAAGAAUGAACUAUUUAUGAUCUACCAGUUUUAAAAAUUGAGUGAUAGUAAAUGAUAUCAAUUUUUUAGCAGAUUGUGCCUUAGAUCAGUAAUAAAGAAUGAGAAUAAUAAUAUCGUGUUUUCGAAAUCUAUUCAAACUUAUAGAUGUGUGCAUUUUUAACCGUUUGUCACAUAAUAUUAUAUAUUUACACAAAAAGUAUUAUAAUAAAUAAAAUGAAAUGUUAUUUAUUUAUAUAUUUAGUGAAAUAUUUGCAAUACGGCUGUUUUGCUUGUUUUUUAUAAUGGAAAAGUUUAUUUGCAGUUGAAAUAUAUUAUCGUAUUGUUACGAUUGUCUAGAAAUAUAAUGAAUGGUACUUAUUACCGAGUAUGUAGUUCUAUUUAUUUACUUAUAAUAAUUUGGUAAAGGGUCUAAUGAAACAUUAAUAAAUA